CCGCCUCCUGACUGCCCAUCCUUGAUUGGUGGUUUGGUCUCAGCUGGCACAAGAUGGCGGCCGUGUUGGGUAGCGGAGUCUGGGCUCGGGCCUGUGUCCUCCCAAAGUCAGGUUCUGUUUCACCAGGCUUAGCCUCAGCAGUGUCCAUUUUGAUUCAGAAAAGGAAGAUACAUCAUCCCCUCAUUCCUCGUGGUAAAGGUGGGCGUUCAUCUUUUAGUGGGAUCGUGGCCACGGUUUUUGGGGCAUCUGGAUUUCUUGGACGAUAUGUGGUGAAUAGGCUUGGGCGAAUUGGCUCUCAGGUAGUGAUACCACAUCGCUGUGAUCCAUACGAUGUCAAUCAUCUCAGAGUCAUGGGUGAUCUGGGACAGCUGACCUUUCUUGACUGGAAUCCUAGAGAUAAAGAUUCCACCAGACGGGCUGUGGAACAUUCCAAUGUUGUUAUUAAUCUUGUUGGACGUGAAUGGGAAACACGGAACUUCAAAUUUGAGGAUGUUAACAUCAAAAUCGCACAGGAUAUUGCUCGUGCGUGCAGUGAAUCUGGAGUUGAAAAAUUAAUCCACGUUUCUCAUCUUAAUGCGCACAUGAAGAGUGUUUCAAAGCUACUAAGAACAAAGGCUGUUGGAGAAAAGGUUGUGCGGGAAGAAUUCCCAGAUUCUGUCAUCAUCAAACCGUCUGAAAUUUUUGGAAGAGAGGACAAAUUCCUCAACUAUUUUGCAAAUAUGCGUUGGUUUGGACGUGCCACACCCCUCAUUUCUAUGGGCAUGAAGACUGUAAAGCAACCUGUAUAUGUCGUGGAUGUGGCCAAAGCGAUUGUAAAUGCUAUUAAAGACCCUGACACCAGUGGAAAAUCAUAUGUUAUAGUUGGGCCUCAUCGAUACCUUCUUCACGACCUUGUGAAAUACAUAUAUGCUGUUAUGCAUAGACCAUUUGUUUCAUACCCAAUGCCAAGGCCUAUCUAUCAUUUGUUGGCAAGAUUUUUUGAGCUGAGCCCUUUUGAUCAAUGGACAUCCCGCGACAAAGUGGAUAGGUUGCACAUCACAGACUUUAAAUACCUUGACCUUCCUGGUCUGGAAGACUUGGGAAUCACUCCAACACCUAUUGAACAAAAAGCAAUUGAAGUUGUGCGACGUCAUCGCAAGUACCGUUGGUUGGAUGCUGACCUGGAAGAUGCAAAACCAGCAACACCUGUGAAUUAAUAACAUAUUCUGAAAGAGAAAUACUUAUUGGAUUCCUGGAGGAUUACCACAUCAUAUCUAGUUUUGACAGUAAUGUACAUAAAAAGUUGGGUCUGUCCAGUUUUAAAGGAAUGAAUUCAAAUAUAUUUAAAUGUUUUCCUUGUGCUUUAAUAAAUUUACAGACAUGAGUAAAUAAUUGCUCUGAUAAGCUAUAAUACUCACUUGUGUCUGGGUUGCACAACUCAACUUGUGACUUAGUUAAUGAUAGCAUUUUCAUGUGGUACAUAAAAAAAAAAUUAGCAGCAGGAGUAGGCCAUUUUGCCCUUACAGCCUGCUGUGCCAUUCAAUAAAAUUAUGACUAAUCUA